CCGGGGGUAUAUAUAGCCCUGCCUGUAUGGCUCGCCAUGGUGUUCAUGUGUGAGGGGCUCCUGCCACCUGCUGCGCUUGGGACCAGCGGCUGAAUUCUCCAGAGAACCGCAACUGCGCCCAGCCCCAGAAGCAGAAGCUAUGAGGAUCCGGAUGAUGUCGGCUGCCUUCGUCCUCGUCCUGCUGUUUCUCCCGUCGGAGAACGGCUCCCCGCUGGAGCUGCCCCGGGGAGCUGCCCCGCAGUUCGCUCUGGUCCCCGGUCCAACCUGGGAACUGUGGCCGAGGAGACCGGGGCUGGGGGCCAAGCCGCCGCUGCCUUCAGCGGGCACAGAAGCGGGGCUCCCCUCUCUCCACAGACUGCUCGGUCCCUGCGAGGCCGGGGGCGCGGAGAGCACCCCGGAGCUGCGAAGGAAGGAGAGGUCGCCCUACUCCUCGCGGCGGAAAGACGGCAGACCCAACUCCCUCGACCUGACCUUCCACCUCCUGCGGGAGUUCCUGGAGAUGUCCCGGGAGGAGAGACUGGCCCAGAAAGCCCUGAGCAAUCAGAUGCUGCUGCAGAACAUCGGGAAGUGAGGGCG